GAGAUGGAAUUCGACUGCGAGCAACUCAGGCGGCUCCUGGGCAAGUACAAAUUCAGGGAUCUAACAUUGGAAGAACUAAGGAAUGUUGAUAAGUCUUUCCCACAUUUCAAAUAUUCCAUAGAUACCUAUGUUUUCAAAGAUAGUUCUCAGAAAGAUUUGCUGAAUGCCACGGGUACUGUUCCUGUGAUAUAUCAAGGUAUUACCUAUAACAUACCAAUUCGUUUGUGGAUUUUGGAUUCUCAUCCUUUUGCACCUCCUAUUUGCUUCUUAAAGCCAACUGCAAAUAUGGGAAUCUCAGUUGGAAAACACGUGGAUGCUCAAGGCAGAAUAUACUUGCCUUAUCUGCAAAACUGGAGCCAUCCUAAAUCUGUCAUUGUCGGAUUAAUCAAAGAAAUGAUUGCCAAGUUUCAAGAAGAACUUCCCUUGUAUUCCUUGUCAUCAUCCAACGAGGCUCAACAGGUUGACUUGCUAGCUUAUAUUGCAAAAAUCACUGAAGGUGUCUCAGACAUAAAUUCAAAGAACUGGGAAAAUUAUGAGAAUAAAGGAAUUAAUAAAAUUACUGUGGUUGGAGGUGGAGAACUGGGAAUUGCCUGUACAUUAGCAAUUUCUGCAAAGGGCAUUGCAGACAAAAUUGUCCUCUUAGACCUCUCAGAAGAGACUAAACGAGGAAUGAUGGACCUUGACAUCUUCAACCUGCCUAAAGUGGAGAUCAGCAAAGAUUUGUCUGCCUCUGCUCAUUCCAAGGUGGUGAUCUUCACAGUCAAUUCUUUGGGGAGUUCUCAGUCCUACCUGGAUGUGGUACAGAGCAAUGUGGAUAUGUUCCGAGCCCUUGUCCCCGCUCUGGCACACUAUAGUCAACACAGUGUCCUGCUUGUGGCAUCUCAACCAGUGGAAGUCAUGACCUAUGUAACAUGGAAACUGAGUGCCUUCUCCACAAGUCGCGUGAUUGGAAUUGGAUGCAAUCUGGAUUCACAGAGAUUACAAUAUAUCAUUUCAAAUGUUUUGAAGGCACAGACUUCAAAAAAUGAAGUAUGGGUUAUUGGUGAGCAAGGAGAAGAUAAAGUGCCCAUAUGGGGUAGCCAAGAUGUAAUGAGUCUUAAUUCUCAGGUGCAGUUGUCCAACAGAGCCAUGGAACUGCUAAGGGUAAAAGGCCAAAGAUCCUGGUCUGUUGGACUAUCUGUAGCUGACUUGGUUGACAGUAUUGUAAACAAUAAAAAGAAAGUACAUUCUGUAUCAGUCUUAGCAAAGGGACAUUAUAAUAUAAAUAAUGAAGUGUUUUUAAGUUUGCCUUGCAUUCUUGGAGCCAGUGGGGUAUGUGAAGUCAUGCAAACCACAGCCAAAGAAGAUACAAUAACUGAGAAACUUCAAAGCAGCGCUUCAUCCAUCCAUGGUCUCCAACAGCAGUUAAAAGUCUGAUUCUUAAA